AUGCCGGACACCUUCAGUGGCUGUGCACAAGUGAAAGCUGUACACGCUUCUGCUUUACUGGGCACCGCUAUCGUUGCCGUUGUUGAUCAAUACAACCGAUCACAAUUACUACGUGCUGUAUUGGAUUGUGGCUCCAUGAGAUCGAUUAUCACUACCCGAGCUGCCCAGCAACUUGGUAUCACCAUCAUGCCCGCACGCAUUCAGAUUAAUGGUAUCUCUGAACAAGCGACCGCUGUAAAAGGUACCACUCAUUUGACACUGCUAUCUCGACCGCAGUUUAACACCUUUCUCCAAACUGAAGCCCUUGUCUUAGAGCAAAUAGCUGGUGACCUACCCGCUUUUCCAAUCAGCAGUGAGCUCAAAACCUCACUUUCACAUUUGGAUCUCGCUGACCCUGGUUUUGACCAACCCAAUAGGAUAGACCUCUUGAUUGGAGCUGACAUUUAUCCUAAUGUAUUUGUUUCUUCCGCCAAUGCUAUUAUACCAGGAAAUCCCGCUGCCUUCGCCACUAUAUUUGGCUAUGUUCUGAGUGGAAAGCUAAAUAUUGAGGACUCGCCUGCUCCGCUUCAUCAGAUGCAACUUAUCUGCACCAUGUUUGCCCGCGAAGAACCGCUUGCUGAGGUCAUGAACAAGUUUUGGGAGACUGAAGAUGUCCAAAUAAAUGCGAAACUCUUAUCACCUGAAGAUGAACUCUGUGAACAGCUCUAUGAGUCCACUACCUACCGCAAUGAUGAAGGCAGAUAUGUAGUCGCACUCCCCUUCAAGCCUAGCGCGCCUGUUCUUGUUUCAAACCGCAAGCAAGCUUAUCGAAGUCACCUUGGAUUAUUAAAACGCUUGGAAAAUUCUUCGGAACUAAAGAAGAAAUACGACAACUUCAUGACAGAAUAUCAUGAGCUUGGCCAUUUGGAACUUGCCAAAUCCGCUUCUGACUAUGUGAUUCCACACCAUGCAGUUUUUAAAAAUAAGGACCCCACUCAGAAAAUCAGGGUGGUGUUUAAUGCUUCCAGCAAGGAUACCAAUGGGCAUUCACUAAAUGAGAAUUUGUUACCAGGGCCAAAACUGCAGUCCAAUAUUAUUCAAGUAUUGACCAAAUUCCGCACUUACAAGUACAUUGUCCUUUCUGAUUGCAAGCAGAUGUAUCGCCAGAUUUUGUUAAGGCCUGAAGACUGCCGUCACCAACAUGUUUUUUGGAAACCUAAUUAUCAUGAACCUGCAAAAGAAUUUGAACUUAAAACCGUAACCUAUGGGCUUACUUCCAGUGCUUAUUUAGCGCAACGCACAUUGCAACAACUUGUCAAGGAUGAAGGAGAAGCAUUCCCUCUGGCAAGUAAAGUUUUAACAAGUCAAACUUAUGUUGAUGACCUGCUGGGAGGAAGUAACAAUUUUUCUGAAGCACAAACGCUUAACAAGAAAUUCGACUCUACACCGAUUCCAAGACUGCCUUGGAUUGGAUCAACACACCCACAUACAAAUUGCAGAUUUUUGUUGCCAACAGAGUACAGCAAAUUACUCAGUUAA